GUGGGCUGCGCCUAAAUUUAAAGGGCCCGCCCUUUCAGAAGUUAGUCUGAAGGCAAGAGGUGGUUGUGUGUAUGUGUGAACUGCGUUUUGUCAUGGGACCUGUGCGGUUGGAAAUACUGCUUUUCAUCCUGGCAGCGUACGGUGCUUGGACUGGGACGACAAAAGAAGAAGAAGCUGAUACAGAACGUUUGCCCAGCAAAUGCGAAGUGUGUAAGCUGCUGAGCAUGGAGCUACAGGAAGAGUUGAGUCGAACCGGCCGAUCCCGAGAAGUGCUGGAGCUGGGUCAGGUGCUAGACACAGGCAAGAGGAAGAGACACGUGCCUUACAGCCUCUCCGAGACAAGGCUGGAGGAGGCUUUGGAGAAUUUGUGUGAGCGGAUCCUGGAUUACAACGUUCAUGCUGAACGAAAGGGCUCACUGAGAUACGCCAAGGGUCAAAGUCAGACCAUGGCAACACUGAAAGGCCUGGUACAGAAGGGAGUGAAAGUGGAUCUUGGAAUCCCUUUGGAACUGUGGGACGAGCCCAGUGUGGAGGUCACGUUCCUCAAGAAACAGUGUGAGACGAUGCUGGAGGAGUUUGAAGAUGUUGUGGGAGACUGGUACUUCCACCAUCAGGAGCAGCCCCUACAGCAUUUUCUCUGCGAACGUCAUGUGCUCCCGGCCUCUGAAACUGCUUGUCUCCAGGAAACGUGGACUGGAAAGGAGAAGAUCAGUGAUGGGCAGGAGGAGACAGAUGAAGAGGAGGAGGAAAAGGAGGAGAAUAAAGAGAUAACCAAGACUUCAGGCACUCCCAAGCAUGACCCAGAAGAUCUUUGACCCUUACGUUUGAGCCCCAAGGAUGGGUCAUGGAGAGUUUUCUAAACUCUUGAGCCCUCCCUUCCCCAUCCCAGGGUUUUAACUGUCCUUUUUGUAUAAUCUCAGCCAUGAUCCUGGGAACGCAGAAUGGCAACAGGAGAGGAGGAGAAGGGGGUGAAGCAAAAGCAAAUUUUGCCUUCAGAGAUGAGACACAUACAGCCACUUAAUUGACCAGGUGUGUCCUCACCUGCACCAAUUGGUCAGUAGUGGUAUGAGCAGUGGGAAAUUCACUUUGCUUUUUAAAGGGUCUAUUAAAAACCCUUUCAAGAGGCCAGAGAGGGGCUAGAAUGUAGCUCAGUUAGUAGAAUGACAAUGACAGGACAAUAAUGGGAGCUGGACCUGAUGUGGUGGCACACCCCUGUAAUCUCAGCACUUGAAAAGUGGAGGCAGGAUUAUCAGAACACUAUCCAGCCAUGUGGCAGUUCAAGGCCAACCGGAGCUACACGAGAGACCCUGUCUCAAAGGGAGAAGCCAAAAAGAAACCCUCAAGAACCAAUAUGCACUGGCAACAUGAGGCUGUGUACCACCAAUCCGUGAACCAGAACAGAACCCUGGAAGAGAGUGAAGCAAUGCUGGGGUGAGGUGGGGUCGACAUAUGUAGCCUAUUUCCUAUUUCACAGGUGCCAUAUCUUCUAUAUUGCUAUUAAACCUUUUAUAUGUAUA